AUGCCUAUUUCAGACAACGGUGGCUCUACUUCGGAGAUUAUUAGAGUAAUUGGAGGGCCAGCUAUCGGAGACGUUCGGUCUCGGAUAACAAGACUCAUUCCAGAUGAGCAGCCUCACAAUCGCGCGUUGAGAAACUUAUUCUCAUAUAGAUUACCUGAUGUUUACGAUGAAGCGAAAAGUGAAUGGAAUCAAAUUGUUGACGGCACCCACAUUCUGUGGGACGGGGUUGAAUCCCAUUACAAAGAAAUGAUCCGUCCAUUUUUCGUCCAUAUGCAUGUUGAACUGUUAAAGAAAAGUCGACCAGGGAGGGAGUUCAGGUUCGAGAGAGCUAGUGUAGGAAAUCUGUUUCUUAGCGGGGCACGUUUAUUUUGUGGGUCUUUAGAUUCAGCCGUGGAGCUCUUGUGCAAAAUGACUGAUGUUUCUAAACUCGUGAGCGUGUUGCCAGUUCUGAAUACUAAUUUCAGCUAUCAUAUUUCUGCCGAAUUGAAGAACGGUGAUUUAAUUACAGGCCAGAGUCAAAUUUCACACCCGUCUGUUUUAUCACUGCCCACAGUGUCCCACAGACAAGAUACUAAUGGUACUGCAACUCCAGUAACGCCAACUUCAUUCGAAGACGCCAAUCUGCCGUUUUCUCACCCUGCAUUAUCAACGUCACAGAUUAUGUUUUCAAAAUCAGCCAUAGAACAACCACUAGCAUCUGCGAUAAAAAGAAUUUUUUAUAUCAACCCAUAUGGACAAGAAAUACAUCCUCGUGCUAGUCCUAGAGUUCUGGACUCUGUGAACAAUGCUGACGCUAUAGUCUACUCGAUUGGCAGUUUAUACACAUCCAUUGUGCCAGUUGUUAUUUUAGAGGGAUUUGCAGAAAAGCUUCAAAAGUGUAAGCAUAAAAUCAUGAUUUUAAAUGGUUUACCUGAUCGCGAGACCACAUACGAAAGUAAUACCUCGCCGCGGAGUCUCGCAUAUAUGGAUGCCGAACAAUACAUUGAAGCCGUUGUGACAUCAUGUUUGUACAGUUUAUCAGGGCCUCCUUCGACAGCAGCUGUAUCAACUACAUCUGCAACCGGCAUUGUAACUCCGCUCCCUCAAGGUCAUUAUCACGCAAAGGGUCAAGUUGAUGUCAUUUCUACAUGCAGCGGCUCAACCCAAAUGGACAACUCUCAUUACAAUAGUCAUUUGAAUCUGAGAAACAUUCAACCUCGAAAGAACCACCCAAACUCAGACUUUGUUGACUCAGUUCAAUGGACAAACUUCGUCACUGACUUUAUUCACUUGACGGAACCGAAUGGUAUCUCAGUAAAUGUUCGGGCCAUUGAGGCCCGUGGCAUCAGAUGUCACCAUGUACCUCAUGCCCCCGGAAGUUCGUUCCAGUAUGAUCUCCAAUCAUUAGAGCAGACUUUUCUUCGUAUAAUGGGAUAA